AUGCUGCGUAACGGUUCUAGACAAAUAUCUGUAUCAAUACGUGAAUGUAUUCGAACGCAUUCACGCUCCGAGAUAAAAAUAACAAAAUCGAUAGCAGCAUCAAUAUAUACAUCAGCAACCGAUACAACCAAAGAGAUACCUUCAACAUUUCUAAAACGAAUCACGAAUGGAUUAAAUACGGUCAAAUCAUCGAUAUUCGGAGAAAGAGAAUCUGUCAUAGAUGAUAAAUUUAAAAUAAGUGGAAUGGGGACAACUUGGAAUGAAGCGAUAACGGAAGCGGAAAAAACAAUUCAAGUUGGAGGAGGCACAUCAGAUAUCGAUCCAUUUAAACUUUUAGAUUUAUCGGAUUUAACGGAUAACAUCAAGAGACUUUUAGGAAGUGGACAUCCAUCAUUAGACAAUGUUAGUAAUUAUUAUUUCUUGUCCGAAGGAAAACGUAUUAGACCUUUAAUCGUAUUAUUAAUGUCGCAAGCAACAAGCAUAGCUCCAAAACAGCAUAAUCCCGCUCCCAUAGACCAUUCUCCAAUAAUAAACGAGCCAUUAUCACCACUAAUUUCAUCGUUCGAAGCACAAAACUAUAAUGACACUACUUCAUCAUCAUCAUCUUCGAAGCACUCUCCUACGGGUAAAAUUCUUCCCACCCAAAGGAGAUUGGCAGAGAUUACAGAAAUCAUUCAUACGGCAUCAUUAUUGCAUGAUGACGUGAUUGAUGAAUCCGAAACCAGACGUAACAAACCUUCCGUCAAUAUAAAUUUUGGUAAUAAGAUGUCUAUACUGGCAGGAGAUUUCUUGUUAGCUAGAGCAUCAGUCGCGUUGGCUCGCUUACGUAAUCCCGAAGUCAUUGAGCUGAUAGCCACCGUUAUUGCCAACCUGGUUGAAGGCGAAUUUAUGCAACUUAAAAAUAUUCAAACAUCCAAGAAAACUACUUCGGAUACGACCAUGACACCUUUUGAAUAUUACAUGGAGAAAACCUACAUGAAAACUGCUAGUUUAAUCGCAAAAAGUUGUUGCGGAGCUUCGGUAUUAGGUGGAUCUACUCGAGAAAUAUCUGAAAUUGCCUAUACUUAUGGUAAAAAUAUAGGUUUGGCUUUUCAAUUAAUUGAUGAUAUGUUAGACUUUGUUGUUAGUGCAAAAGAGUUGGGUAAACCUGUUGGUGCAGAUUUAAAGUUGGGUUUGGCAACUGCUCCCGUAUUAUAUGCGUGGGAGAAAUAUUCCGAAUUGGGUCCAUUGAUAAAACGUAAAUUUUCUCAACAAGGAGAUGUGGAAAAGGCACGAGAAUUAGUUUAUCAAAGCAAUGGAAUUGAGCAAACAAAGUUAUUGGCCGUUUCACAUUGUCAAAAGGCCAUUGAUGCCAUUCUAAAAUUACCCGAAUCCGAUGCUCGUGAUGCUUUAAUUCAAUUAUCAGAUAAAGAGAAUGAAUCUCUAUCAUUUGCAGUAAUAGCAGAAUUUUGGAAAUAUAGAUAG